GUGAACUUAAGAGCCAUCCAGUGCGCACUGGGAACUUCCACGGAUUUCUCUCGAAUGGGAGUGUGCGCCUCCUCUACGCAGCUCUCAUCCCAAUCUCUGGCCUCGCACUCAGCUCCUGGAUCCUGAGACCCAAGCAAGAGCCAUGGUGUACCACGCGGAGUUCGAGGUGGCGGGCCGCCAGCCCGGCCUGCAGGUGUGGCGCGUGGAGAAGCUGGACCUGGUGGCCGUGCCCACGGAGCUCUACGGCAGCUUCUACACGGGCGACGCCUACGUGCUGCUCUUCUCCGUGCGCAACCGCGCCGGCAACAUGCAGUACGACCUGCACUUCUGGCUCGGCAACGAGUGCUCGCAGGACGAGAGCGGAGCGGCCGCUAUCUUCACGGUGCAGAUGGACGACCACCUUGGGGGGCAGCCCGUGCAGCACCGCGAGGUGCAGGGCUACGAGUCCACCGCCUUCAGCGGCUACUUCAAGAACGGCAUCAAGUACAAGCCGGGCGGCGUGGCCUCGGGCUUCCGCCACGUGGUGCCCAACCUGGUGGACGUGAAGCGGCUGCUGCACGUGAAGGGGCGGCGCACGGUGCGCGCCACCGAGGUGCCGCUCUCCUGGGAAAGCUUCAACCAGGGGGACUGCUUCAUCGUCGACCUGGGGGCGAACAUCUACCAGUGGUGCGGCUCGAAGAGCAAUCGCUUCGAGUGGCUGAAGGCCACCCAAGUGGCCAAGGGGAUCCGAGACAACGAGCGGUGCGGGCGAGCGAGAGUCGACGUCCUGGAGGAGGGGAUGCAGCCCGACGGCCUGGUGGAGGCUUUGGGAUCCAUGCCGAGUUUGCCGGAGGGAGAGGCCGAUGACGUCAAGGCCGAUGCCUCCAACAGGAAAAUCGCCAAACUCUACAAGGUGUCAAACGCCUCUGGCACCAUGGAGGUGAUAAUGGUGGCGGCUGACAACCCGUUCCGCCAAGACAUGUUGCUGUCGGGAGACUGCUUCCUGCUGGACCACGGGCCCGCGGGGAAGAUCUUCGUGUGGAAGGGUCGCGGCGCCGACAUCGCGGAGAGGAAGGCCGCGUUGAAACUGGCCGAGGACUUCAUCGUCCGCAUGGGCUACCCGAAGAACACCCAGGUGUCGGUGCUGCCCGAGGGAGGGGAGACGCCGCUCUUCAAGCAGUUCUUCAAAGGCUGGCGCGACCGCGAGCAGACCGACGGCCUGGGGCCCCGUUACACCGUGGGCAGCGUCGCCCGCAUCCAGCAAAUCCCGUUCGACGCCUCCACCCUGCACUCCAACCCAGCCAUGGCCGCCCAGCACGGCAUGGUGGACGACGGCAAGGGAGACGUGCAGGUGUGGCGCAUCGAGGGCUCGGACAAGGCUUCCGUGGACCCGAGCACCUACGGGGAGUUCUACGGCGGAGACUGCUACAUCAUCCUCUACACCUACAGGACGGGACAGAUCAUCUACACCUGGCAGGGUCAUACCUCGACACGCGACGAGGUGGCAGCCUCGGCCUUCCUGUCGGCCGAGUUGGACACCUCCCUGGGUGGAACACCUGUGCAGGUGCGUGUUGUGCAGGGCAAGGAGCCGGCGCACCUCAUGAGCAUCUUCGGCGACAAGCCGCUGGUGGUGUACCGGGGCGGCACGUCGCGCGACGGCGGCCAGAGCCAGCCGGCCGACGUGCGCCUCUUCCAAGUGCGGCGCAACGCCGCCCGCCGGACGCGCGCCAUCGAGAUGGAGGCCAGCGCGUCGCGCCUCAACUCGAACGACGCGUUCGUGCUCGUGGGCCCCGGCGUGGCCUACACGUGGGUGGGCCGCGGGGCGGUGGAGGCCGAGCGCCAGGGGGCGGCGAGCGUCGCCGCGCUGCUCGGGGUGCAGCCCACCGAGGUGAACGAGGACUCGGAGCCAGAUGAGUUCUGGUCGCUGCUGGGAGGCAAGGUUUCGUACCAAACCUCAUCGCGACUCCGCAACAAGACGGAGACCCACCCCCCACGCCUCUUCGCCUGCUCCAACAAGUCCGGCAGAUUCACGGUGGAGGAGGUGCCCUGGAGAAAUCACGCAGGAGGAUUUGGCCACGGACGACGUGAUGCUCAUCGACGCCUGGGACCAGAUCUUCGUCUGGAUCGGCAGCGAUGCAAACGACGUCGAGAAGAAGGAAUCCCUGCAGUCAGCGGAGCGCUACCUGGAGACGGACCCAUCGGGCCGCAGCAAGCGCACCCCCGUGGUGGUGGUGAAGCAGGGGCACGAGCCCGCCACCUUCACCGGCUGGUUCCUCGCCUGGGACUCCGACUACUGGCAGCAGGACCCCUUCGAGAGGGCCAAGGCCGAGCUGGAGGCCGGAAACCCCAUGUGACCGGAGCGUAGGCGCUGCCAGCAGCAGCACUAGCAGCACCAGCGGAAGCAGCAACAGCAGAAGAAGCAGCAGCAGCACCAGCAGACACAGCACGAGCAGAAGCAGCACAACAAGCAGCAGCACCAGCGGUAGAAGUACCGCAGCAGCAGGAACUUUUAGUUAUAAUAGCCAUAGCAGCAAUGAAGAUGCGGUAGAUAAAUUGUAGCGCCAGCAGUAGCGCCACGAUCACCAGCAGCAUGAGUACUGCCAACAGUGUCACCUGCAUCAGCGCCUUCAACGGUAGCAGCUGCAUGGUCGUUGUCAUCAACAUCUUCAACAUCACCAGCAUCAUCAGCAGCAUCUUCAACAUCACCAGCAUCAUCAGCAGCAUCUUCAACAUAAACAUAAUCAUCAUCAUCAUCAGCAGCAUCAGCAACACAAGAAAUAUAAACAUCGCUAUCAUCAGCUACCCACUUUGCCAUAUAUUUGCAGCCUCGUUCCAUUUUAAAUAUUCACUUUUCCGAUGAUCAUAGCAAUAAUCUUGAUCAUAUUGACGACAACGACGACGAUGAUGAAAGUAUUAAUGUUGGUUUUGUUUUGAGUGUCGUGAUGGCUUCUCAGAUCGACCGACCUGCGGACGCGAGCCGUGAGCUGUGAGCCAUGGGCCGUGAGCCACGGGCCGUGAGCCACUGGCCGUGAGCCGUGAGCCACUGUGAGCCACUGGCCGUGAGCCGUGAGCCACUGUGAGCCACUGGCCGUGAGCCGUGAGCCGUGAGCCACGGGCUGUGCGUGUGUUCAACGCCGUCGUGGAGGGGCGAUGCGCGACGAGCGCCUCAUUUUGGCCGCAGUGAAACGCACGGGCGGAGCGACACCUCGGGGGUCCGAGCCGCGAGUCGACGGAAAAUCCGACCGCCAGCUGAUCGGUACUUUUUUGCCGUAAAUAAAUGGCCCAAUUGGCCGGGUGGGGGUUUCCACCAAUUUCGGGUGCGAGAAUCUUCCCGUCAACGCGGGGGGGGGGGGGCAUACGAAGUGCGUUCCGUGCGGUGGGAUUCGCUGUGUAUGGCGCUCAUCAGCAACAGCAGCAGCGCUCCGCCCUACAGCCCGGUCGCCACCCAGCCGGUGACUCCCUUCCACUCGAUGUCACCAGGGUAAAGGCGCAGCGCUGCAAGUGCUCGCUCACGCCACCGCUGGUGGAAAUGCCUCCACUAGAGGAAGCUCUCAAAUGUCCCUCUCCAGACGAUAUUUGGCAUACUCUUCCACGGCGGCGAGACGUCUUGGAAGAGGUGCGAGUCACCCACACUUGAGCCCCCGCCGCGCGCUCGGCCUGCCGAACUCCGUGCGUCUUUGGUUCCGUGCGAGGUUUUUGUUGUCGUUCGACCGCUCGUUUUGUACGGCCCCUGUCACCCCCCUGCACCGUGGAAUUAAACUCACUCCGCGAAGAUCAA